UUCUUGUCAUCAAAAUGUCAGAUAUCAAAGUCAAACGAAACGGAUUUAUAUAAACAUGCUGGUUUUGUUUAUAAACGUAAUAUUUCGGUUUUAACGUAAUUGCAGACCUUGAGUAGGUUGUAGUGGUGUGGUUGGACUGCAAACCGGCCAAUACGUGAGCUUCCAACAGUUUCGAACAACUUAAGUAUUCUCCCGCGUCUAGGAUGUCAGUCAAUCAAAACACUUCGAACAGUAAAGUACAACCUAAGGGAAAACGAGGCUCUAUGAAUCGACCGCAAAGUGGCCUCAUCGAUGGGGACAUUUUCUAUGGCUUUCGUUCGGAUAUAGAAAAUGAUUGCCCUCUUACGCCAGCCUACAAAACGAAACUCUUUAAUUUGUUUAGACUUAUUGAAAAAGAAUUUGAUAUUUUGUACCAAGAAAAUCAAACACUACAAGAUAAAAUAGAAGUAUUGAACGAAAAAAUUGAACGAGAUACGUUUGAUAAAUCAGACUGCGUUGAUUUUGAAAACAACAUAUCAAAAGUUUUAACAAAAAAAUUGAGCUCGUCAUCUCAAAAGUCCAAAACAGCUCAUAAACUGAAGGCGCAAACUAGUAAAAUUGUGUCUAGUUUUAAGGCUCCCCAGUAUAAUUGUGGGUUAGUCAAGGAUUAUGCUGGACACAAAGAUGGUGUUUGGGAAGUGUCAGUUGCAAGGCCUGGGGUACCUGUCAUUGGGACAGCUUCUGCAGAUCACAGCGCAUGCAUAUGGAGUAUAGAAACCACUCGUUGUUUACUGCAGUAUCAAGGACACACAGGAUCCGUUAAUUCUAUUCGAUUUCAUCCUUCCAAGGAUCUGGUUUUGACUGGAAGUGGUGAUUGCACCGCUCAUAUUUGGCAGGCUGCCUUAAAUUGGGACUUACCGAAGGGUCACUCUUCUGAAGAAGAAUUGGAAGGAGACGAACUCGACGAUAAAUUAGAUGCAAAAAUUUCGACGCUCCGUACGCCUAUUAGAGAAUUAUUGGGUCACAGUGGUGCUAUUUCUGCCGCCGAAUGGCUAGUCGGCGCCGAUCAAGUUAUCACAGCGUCUUGGGAUAGAUCUGCAAUUUUGUUCGAUGUUGAAACAGGUUCAUUAUUAACAACUCUUUCAGGCCAUGAUCAAGAAUUAACUCAUACGGCAACUCAUCCCUACCAGAGGCUGGCAGUUACAUCCUCACGAGAUGCAACGUUUAGACUCUGGGAUUUCCGGGAGAACGUACAUUCUGUCUCAGUGUUUCAAGGACAUACAGAGAGUGUAACAUCGGCCGUAUUCACCAGAGAGGAUAAAGUUAUUUCCGGUUCCGACGACCGGAGUGUGAAAGUUUGGGAUUUGAAAAAUAUGCGGUACCCCGUAGCUACAAUCAGGGUGGACUCGGCUGUAAAUAGGCUGAGCGUUUCCGCCAGUGGAAUUAUUGCCAUCCCGCAUGACAAUAGACAUGUUAGAUUGUUUGAUUUGACAGGGCAGAGAUUAGCGAGAUUACCUCGUUCUAGCAGACAGGGACACAAUAGAAUGGUAGCAAGCGCAGCGUGGGUGGAUGACAACAUCGGCAACGUCAGUUUAUUUACUUCUGGUUUUGAUAGAAGAGUUUUAGGAUGGAACGUGGUUUCGUUGAAAGAUCAGUAAAUAUUUAUAAGUUUUCUUGUUGUAUAUGUGAUAAGUAUUUAUUAUAAUUAUUUUAAAUAUAAAUAUUUUUUUAGAA